AGUGCAGUGAGGGGUGGAGGGAAUGGUGGGAGUCGACGCGCGCGGCCAUGUGCUCGCCACUCGCAUCGUAGACGCUCGAUCAGUCGACGCCGCGCGCUCGCACCGAACGGAUCUUUGUUGUCUGAGGGAUAUCUUCUCGCGAGACGAACGUGUUAUAUCUACGCGAGCGUUCCCUCUCUCGUUCUUCAUACGUGUGCGUAUAUAAAACUCACGCACGCACAGUGUGCGUCACGUGAUCCGCGCGCAGCGCUGUUCCUGAUGCACUUUUUUUGAGCGCAACGAUGACGACGGUAAUCGUCGCGCGUAAUCGUCUCUCGCAUCCUUCGAGCCUUGUGUGACGCGCCUUUCCGUUCGCGUGGAAAGCCGUCGCGAGGGAGAGAAGCGGGCGCUAAUCGAGAGAGGAAAAGAACAUUCGUGCUGGAGCACUCCACAGCCAUCUCGAAAAAUGUCAAGGUGAUCGUCUCUCCCCUCACAUCUCUCACCCUCUGACGUCUCGAGGAAAAAAACACUCGUACAUACGCGUGAAACGUGUGCUUUUUCUCGCGUUGGAUCCGGAUCUCGUCGGUUCGGCGUUUACACGCUCCCCGGUCUCUCGCUCCCACCCGCCCCCUCCCUCCCUCCCCCCAUCGUCGUAUCGCACAUCCUGGAGCGUGAUCCUCGCCCGACCGAAUACAUCCGUCGGUUGAGAGAGCCCACCAGUCAGAAUGCAUCAUACGGCGCCGUGGUAUCUGCCCUGGGGCUUGAAGCUGGUGCCGCUGCCAAUUCCGCCGGGACAUCCGGCCUCCGGUAUCCCGAAUCCCGCUGGUCUGCAUCUGCUGACGCCUUUACCUGGAAUCUACGCACCGGAGCCGCGUAAGGUCGAUUUGAAACCCUUGCGAGAGGCAGCGGUGGCGGUUCCCGCGCCGAAAAUUACCGAGAAGCGAAAAGCUGAAGAUGCCGAUGCCAGUAAGGAUCUAAAGAAGGCAAAAUUGGAAACGAAAGCGCUGAAAGCGAAGAGGCCGGGAUUCACGGACGAGCGGUACAACGAGACCAGUUAUUACGUGGAGCAUGGUCUCCGUAAGGUAUAUCCUUAUUACUUUACCUUCACGACAUUCACGAAAGGUCGAUGGGUCGGCGAGAAGAUCCUGGAAGUCUUCGCAAGGGAAUUCCGUGCCCAUCCAGCCGAGGAAUACGAGAGAUGUAUUCGCGCUGGCACCCUGACAGUCAACUAUCAAAAGGUGGACAUCGAUUACAGGUUACGGCACAACGAUCUUCUGGCUAACGUUGUCCACAGACACGAGGUGCCUGUCACCUCGGAGCCGAUCACGGUGAUACACAUGGACGAGGACGUCGUCGUGGUCAACAAGCCCGCCUCCAUCCCUGUUCAUCCAUGCGGUCGUUAUCGACACAAUACUGUGGUUUUCAUUCUGGCGAAGGAGUAUAAUUUGAAGAAUCUCAGAACUAUUCACAGGCUGGAUCGGUUGACCAGUGGCAUUCUCUUAUUCGGCAGAACGCCGAAGAAGGCAAGACAGAUGGAGCACCAAAUAAGAAAUCGACAGGUUCACAAACAGUACGUGUGCCGAGUGGAAGGUGAGUUCCCUGAGGAAGAGGUGAUUUGUUCGGAGCCAAUCGAAGUCGUUUCCUACAAGAUCGGCGUCUGCAAGGUCUCCGAGAAAGGCAAAGAUUGCGUCACCCGCUUCAAGCGUCUCAGCUACAAUGGCAAAUCGUCGGUGGUGCUAUGCAAGCCACAGACUGGACGCAUGCAUCAGAUCCGCGUUCAUCUGCAAUACCUCGGCUAUCCCGUGGUGAACGAUCCUCUUUACAAUCACGUGGUCUUCGGCCCGCACAAGGGGAAGGGCGGUAAUAUUGGCAAGACCGACGAGGAGCUCGUCCGGGAUCUCAUCAGCAUUCAUAAUGCCGAAAAUUGGCUCGGUAUGGACGGUGAUUCUGAUAUGAGCCUGUUCAAGCCGAAACUGGAAUUGGAAGAACGCAUGCUGGGCUCCGGCAAUGACAAGGACAACGGUUCCUCGCCGUCAUCCACCCCGGGUUUAGUCGAGGAUGAACAGCAGCAACAAUCGCAGCAGCAGCAACAGCAGCCACAACAAGAAUCCCUCAAGGUCACCGUGGGAACGCAGACAGGCUCGGAACCGCCAGAUUCUACUUUCGCCAACGACAAGGUCACCGUUGACCCGCACUGUUACGAGUGCAAAGUCAAGUAUAGGGACCCGAAGCCGUCAGAUCUGGUGAUGUAUCUGCACGCGUGGCGUUACUGCGGCCCGGGAUGGGAGUACGAAACGCCGCUACCCGCGUGGGCAGCGAGCGAUUGGACCGGCAACGAUCGAUAGUUCAAACAACAUGAUCGAAGACGAUCCGCGCGGAUUCCUUGGCGAGUAGUCGUCAUCGUUGUCGUUGCCGUCAUCGAGUCUGAAUCCCCUUUUUUGAUAUCCUUACCCCGUGCCUUCCAUCCGCCAAUGAGCGAUUUUGACCAUCGUACGCAAACAUGUAGACGAAUAUGCAUACAUACAGACAUAUACACACAGUAAACAAACAGACGUGCAUCCCCCUACAACUUGGCCGUCGGACUUUCCGGGAUGCUGCGGUCCGAGAGAAAUGGAGAUUGCUGGAACAAUCUCACGUCGCUCGAUAUGUACAUUUCUGCAAACUCGAUGCAUUGUCAUAAGCGACAACUUGGCGUCAUCAUGAAGCGAUUCCGACGGAUCAUUAUUUACGCGCAGAAAUUCACGCUCGUUCUCUCGCGACAAGUUUACCCAUCGCAUGCGUUUUCGUUUUGUUAUAUAUUUCUGGCAAAGUCUCACACAAAUCCCUCAUGCGGACGAUUUUAUGCGGGAAACGAUCCGAGACACAACACUAUUAUUCGGAUUAAUCAUAGCGACAAAAGACAACCGCUGUUACCGAUUCUAUUGCUGUCCCGAUUUCGGAAACCAGUUAAUAAAUCAGAUUAUCAUUAUUAUUAUUUUUGUCUCGCCGCAGCAAUUUUCUGGGUUUCUCAAUCAUGUUUUUUCCGAGCAAACCUGGAGCGCCUUGUACAAUUACGCAGUAAAGUUACGCCGAGAUGUCGUAAUAAGGUGUAAUGUGAUUGUUCUUACGAUUGUUUCUUUCCGCGUAACAGUCGUAAGAAUAUUCUUGCAUUGUCGAUUGAUCGAUGUGGAUCUUAUAAGUCGCAGGACUUCGUUGUAACUUCCGAAUCAAUAAUGAAUAUUAAUUUUUUUGCUAUCAGAAAGAUAUAUAUUGUGACAAACAAAAGCUGUGAUUAUAUUACCGCGAUAUUUCUCGAUCAAAAUGUUUAAAAAUAAUAAAGAUGAAGCCGCACAGCAAAGCGACAAAGAUGAAAGAUAAUUCUAUUUUCAUUUUAAAUUAUGAUGGAAAAAUACGAUUAACUGAAUAAUUUUCGUUCAAUUGUAAUACAAAUGAUAUUUCACGCGCAGAAAUUGUAUACAAAAAUCAUUUGCGCGAAUGCUCUAGACUGAGACAAAUGUAUGUUCUGGAAAACGUGAUGGUCUUGGCUGCUUUUAUGAGCAGUAACGGUCAAAAAGUCACUGCCACUGAAGCGAGGUACCCCUAACAUGUUAGAGAAGAUUGAUGCAUCUGUCGGAGGUGGCAUGAUAUCCGAUGGAUCGUAUCAUUCAUCUUGAUUUAUGACGUACACAGAAACGUGGAAAGUCACGCGUCUCUCGUCUAUUUUCUAUGGUCGCGAGAAGUCGUUCGGCUCGCGCGCGACUGUUACUCUCCAAUCUUAUGGAACAUUUUGAUUCACGAGAGAUACCGCUUGAUCCAUUUCUCAAAAUUCCAGAACUUUGCAGAAGCAAUGUCUUAUCAUCUAAGAAUAAACGAUGGUGCGCGAAGUAGCGGUAGUAUGUGACGUUUCGCACUCGAUCAGCGUUCUCGAGAGACAUUCUCGGUAAAUCACCGUCGUGACUUCGAAUUUGACUUCGAACGGACGGAAGUGAACAGGCGAUAUCGAUUAUAUUCGAGCAGUGUUGCUUUUGGCAUCAAAUCCACCUCAGUACUUUGGCUUGACAGAAGUCAGCUAUAACUAAGAGAUAAAUUUAUCCUCGACGGCUCCGGCUUUGGAACAAUUUCAACGAAGCCCUGCGAUUUCUGUAUUAUCGUAUAGUGGUUAUGUAUCGCUAAUAUACUUAUUAUGAAAGACUACCAUAAAUGUCAAACGAGAGGGAAAGAGAAAAAUAUUUAUACAUCGGUAUCAAUGCCAAUAGGAAACUCUCCGAUGUGGUAUCUUUGUUCAGGGCCGACGAACAUGUGAAUACUCAUGUGAAUUUGGCACGUGUUGAAUUUCCACACAUGUCGAGCUACAUGUAACAAAUUUUUAACGAGCAAUUUAUUGAAUUUUUAUUGGUAAUAUUUUAAUAAACAAUACUACGCGCUCCAUUGGCUCAUGGCGGAAUCUUCCUUCCUCUGGGUGACCAAAUAUGGCAAAUAU